AUGGCGCGGAGUGGACGCGAAUGGCGCGGAGUGGACGCGGAAUGGCGCGGAGUGGACGCGGAAUGGCGCGGAGUGGACGCAGAGUGGCGCGGAGUGGACGCGGAAUGGCGCGAAGUGGCGCGGAGUGGCGCGGAGUGGACGCGGAAUGGCGCGGAGUGGACGCGGAAUGGCGCGGAGUGGACGCGGAAUGGCGCGGAAUGGACGCGGAGUGGACGCGGAGUGGACGCGGAGUGGCGCGGAGUGGACGCGGAAUGGCGCGGAGUGGACGCGGAAUGGCGCGGAGUGGACGCGGAAUGGCGCGGAGUGGACGCGGAAUGGCGCGGAGUGGACGCGGAAUGGCGCGGAGUGGACGCGGAAUGGCGCGGAGUGGACGCGGAAUGGCGCGGAGUGGACGCGGAAUGGCGCGGAGUGGGCACGGAAUGGACGGGAGUUGCUGGCUCGCCUGAAGUGAAGGCGGGGUACAUGAGUGGGAGAGUGGUGGACGGAGCAUGGCGGACGGGAGUGGCAGCAAGUGGACGGGGAAUCGACACGGCUGCCGUUGCUGGCUUGCACGAGAGACCACUGUCCUGCGAGGAGGAAGGGGAGAAAGGGGAGCAACCUGGAGCAGCACGCCUCAAGCGGAGGGGGGUGUCAGCGAGUGGCAGCGGGGAUCACCAGUGGCUGCAGCGACUGCAGGAUGAUGGCACAGAAAGGGGGGAGGGAGGAUCAGGGCACACAGGAGGUUGUGGGUGGAUCAGAUGUUCGUGCCACUCUCCUCACCUCCCUAACCCCUCUCCUGUCAUCUCCUUCUCUCUGCAGCGACCGGUGGUUGCGACAGCAACGACUGCAGCAGUAGCAGCAGCGGCAACGGAGCAACCAGGAGCACGGGCAGUGGCAGGGCGCUGCUUGGAGCAAAGGCUUGGCGCAGCAGCAAGAGAGCAGCCUGGAGUAGCACGCUAG